AUGGGCGCGGCAGCGGUAGUUCAAGAUGUCGCAGGUGCUUGGCUCUCCCUUGGCGGCGAUGCAUUCAUGGCGGAACUUACAGGAAUUGAACUGGGACUCCAACAUGCGUGGCACUUAGGACUUCGGGAGCUGUCAUGCUUCUUCGAUUGCUUAGAAGUCGUCAUUGUUUGCUUCUCACAGGUAAAUGUAUCCACUUAUUGGGCAAGAGAUGCAAUACUUCGUGUUAGGACCAUGCUUCAGUGGGGCUGGGAUGUGGAGCUAGCUCAUGUGCCCAUGGAGAAGAACAAUGCGGCGGAUUGUUUUGCGAAGCGUGCUUCAAGGGAUGGCGUUGCAAGACGCGAAUGGCGUUUACCACCCUCGUUUGUUAUUGAAGCUCUUUAUAAAGAUAUGUUGUAG